UAUCACGCUCACACCCUGAUUGGCGGGCACUAUUUAACAGGUGCUGGGUAACGUAGCGGAGUCAUUUUCUCGCAGUCAAUGGACGUUUCCUAUCUAAGUGCAGAAAAGACGGAGAAAGAAGCUAUUGCUGGUGAAGCAAGUGGCAGGACCUGAAGAACCCAUCCGUGAUGGCGUCCUUCUCUUGUGUUUUGAUUUGUGAGGAGAACACGGGGCUGAGAUGUCUGCAAAUGCUGAAAAAGGCAGGCUUUCGCGUCUGUGCAGUGUUUACCAACACGCGUCAUGUGACGACCUGGUGUGAGCAGACAGCAAUACCGGUACAUCCUCGAGGAUCUCCCAUAGAGAAACUGGUCGAGGGCAAGAGUUUCCACUAUCUGUUCAGCAUCAACAACCCCCGCAUCUUGUCUGACGCUGUGCUUGAACUGCCCUGUAGACUGACCAUCAACUUUCACGACUCGCCACUCCCAGCGUACGCGGGCGUGAAUGCAACGUGCUGGGCAAUACUCCAGGGUCAGACUGUCCAUGGGGUGACAUGGCACUCAGUAGACAGCGGCAUAGACACAGGCGAACUCCUGCAGACAGAGCAAGUACUGAUCGAUCCUCAUGAGUCUGUGCUAUCUUUGAACAUCAAAUGCCAAGACGCUUGUCUUGUUGCUUUCCGGAGAUUGCUGGCUGACAUCCAAGCUGACGUAUUGAAACCUCGUAAACAGAACUCGGAGACAAGAUCGUAUUUUGGUCUUUAUGACAUGCCGCCAAAUCUGGGUGUCCUGAAUUUUGAAGAUGACGCCAAAAAGUCUUAUGACCUGGUUCGCGCUUUGGAUUUUGGCAGUCUUGACAAUCAGUUCGGGAGCGCAAAGAUUUGUUCACCAAAUGGACGCUUCUAUUUGGUCACAAGAGCAGAGACACGCCAGAGCCACCAAAAGACAGAGGCAAGCUCCAACAACUGUCCAGGGUCCAUCUUAGAUCUGGUGGGCAACAUUUUGAUCGUUAACACCAAGUCCAGGACCUUGCACCUGACCCUCAGUGAGCUGGACGGAACUCGGCUGGUGGUGCACAGCUCACCUGACCUUGUUCGAGGGAAACAGCUCAAAUCCUUAACCAUAUCAGAACCUGGAGUGGCGAAGGAGAUCCGGAAGAAAGAAGCUUUUUGGAGGAAGAAAUUAUACAGUUACGAUCCAACAAAACUCCCAGUCCAAAAACUGAUUUGGAAACCGCGGACUAGCAGAGACCUAGAAGUUCUUAUGAAUAAGAUCGUCACCAUUGACAUUCCAACUCCUCAAGUCCCAGAGCGCGUUUUUGGCAGAGUCUGGAAGGAUGGGGACUACAUCACUGCAGCUCUUGUGCUCUUCCUCGGUCGUGUCUGCUGCUCAAAGGACGUACACUUGGGUCUCGCGGCAGACAUGUCUGAGAUACCUGAAGAAAUCAGGUCGCUCUACUCACCUAUAGUUCCAGGAACAUUUUCUGUUGAUUUUUGCGAAUCCCUGUCAGAAAACAUGAUCAAGUGUUCUGAAUCUUUGAAGAGAUACAGAGAUGGAAGGACGUUCUCGAUUGACAUGCGUCACAGAUACCCGGAGCUGAGAGGGAUAGGUCAGUCACCAGAACAUAAUGUUCUCUUGGAUUUUUCUGAAGGCUCUGGAGACGACCGUGUCGACCAAGAUCGUUUGGACAGGUUACAAAAGAGCGCAAACUUGUUUCUCAAAAUUCAGUCCGAGAAGAUAACAGUCUCGUAUCAAGAUACUUCCGGCCAGCCUGGAGUUGAAAUAGUGGAGCUGAUGAAAAGAUUCCCAGCUUUCCUACAGGCGAUAUCUGAGCACAGCGAGCUCUCUUCCCUACUGGACAUACCUUUGCUGACAGACGAAGAACUCAGAGAGCACUACCCACCUCUUCCAGAAAAGAUAUGGGAGACAGAAGAGGACGUUGACCUUCUCCAGCUCAUCUGGUCCUUCAGCAAAUCCCAACCAGAUCAUCUGGCCCUCAUCUCCACCAGAAACAAGUUGACCUAUAAACAACUCCAGGUAGAAGUGGGACAUUUGUCUGAUCAGAUCUCUGGCGUCAUCCAAGAUGUCCUCACGAGCUUAGCCCAGAAGCCAUGCAUAGCCCUCCACCUGCCCAACUCUCCUGCCUUUGUGGCUAGUGUCCUGGCGUCUGUGUCCCUUGACUGUGUGUUCUUGCCUAUCCCUCUCGACCUGCCCGCUAGCAGACGGAGCUUUGUGUUGCGAGAUGCCAACUGUCGCCUCAUGCUCACCUGCCCACCAGUCGCAGAGGACACGUCAAGCUUGCCUGCCUUCAAGACCUUGUUGAGGACAUCUACUGUCUUUGGGGACCUUCAUCUUCUGCUGUUCCUGGCUGAUGACGACAAACCAGAGCAGGAUAACGGCCACCCCACCGACAAAAGUCAGAAUGACGUCAGCAAGGUCCUGGACAAAGAUUGCUGCUACAUCAUAUACACUUCGGGUUCCACUGGAGAGCCGAAAGGAAUCCAGUGCACCAAAAGUGGGAUCCUGAACUUGGCACGUGGACAGAUCGAGUUUUGGAAUCUCGGACCACACGACACGCAAGCCCAGUUUGCUUCCAUUGGCUUUGACGCAACCGUGUCCGAGAUAUUUACAACUUUUCUCUCUGGAGCCACUAUGGCGGUGUUGAAAGAUACCGAACGGCUUGGGAGAGAGCUGAGCUCUACCAUCACAAAGCUAGGGGUCACAAUCGUAACCUUUCCCCCCUCACUCCUCAAUAUCUACAAGCCUGAAGACUUCCCCACUUUGGAGAAGGUUGUCACGGCUGGCGAAGCGUGUGUGGUUUCAAUAGCCGAAAGGUGGACUUGCAAUUCGAAGAAAAGAUUCUUCAACGCGUACGGGCCAGCAGAGAACACUGUGUGUGCUACCAUGUUCGAGUUUUUGAGCGAGAGGAGGGCAGAUCUCUUGUCAGAGGAGCUGCCAAUAGGGAAAGCCAUCCCAGGGGUGAGGGUCUACUUGCUGGACGAUUUCCGUAAGCCUGUGCCGAGUGGAAUGGUCGGGGAGAUCUACAUCGGAGGGAAAAGUCUGUCAAGGGGAUAUAUCGGUCAUGCCUAUGGUAAAAACAGCGAAAGGUUCCGACCCAACUGCCUGGAAGAUCAAAGUCAGAGCAUAGAGAAAGGCACAGAGCCCAUGCCAUCAGGAGGUCAAGGUGACGCAACGUCUGAAUGUCAGAACCAAGAGCAUAAGAUGCAGAUAUUAUGUCAAGACAACAAUUUAGUACAUGGAAAUCAAGGCCAGACGCCACAGGACGACCAACACCCUUGUCCUUUGGGUAUGCUGUAUCGUACGGGGGACCAUGCCGUCCGCACAGACAACGGGAAUCUGAUCUUUCUAGGUCGGGUUGACAACCAAGUGAAACUUCGCGGCCAGAUGGUCAACCUGGCGGAAGUGGAGAUGAUCAUCAAGCAGAUAACUGCAGUAAAGAUGGUAGCUGUGGUCAAGCGUCCGGGUUCAGAAACUUCAGACCCCUACAUUGCUGCCUUUGUUGCGCCAUCGACUGUGAACCCCUCAGAAAUCCGAGAGCAUCUGUUGAGGACGUUGCCAAAGUUCGCAGUGCCAAGUGUAAUCAGAGCUAUAGAGACAGAAGAGUUCCCCAGCAACCUCAGUGGGAAGGUUGACAGAAAAAAGCUUGAAGUAGAGGACUCUGUCCUGACGCUAGACAGUGGCAAAUUGAAAGCACGGAGUUCCCUGACUCAAACGCAACUUUCCUUGGCAAAAAUAUGGUGUAAGGUCUUAGGCCUUGAUCUUACACGUGCUUACGAUAUGAACGGCCUGACUUCAUUUUACGAUACGGGCGGGAAUUCGCUGCACCUGGUUCUGCUUCAAAGGGCUUUAGAACUAGAGCUGCAGGUGAGGCUGUCCUUCACAGAGCUGGGCGGCGCUGCGACGAUCGAAGAAUUGGAUGCUUUAGUACAAAUGAAAAGCCAAAGUCACGUGGGUCCAAAGCAAGUUGAUUUCAAUUCUGGACCCAGAAGAGAUCAGAUCUUAAGAUACCAGCUUCUCCAAGACGCAAAGCUCGGGGCCGAUAGGUCCCCACAGAAGGUGCUUCUUUCUGGAGCCACCGGCUUCCUUGGGGCUUUCCUGUUGCACGAAAUCAUGCUGCAGACGAGCGCCCACGUCUGGUGUAUGGUGAGAGCAUCAACUAUUGUAAAGGCUUUCGAGAGAGUCGUUGUGAACAUGAGACAGUACAAUCUCUGGCAGGAUGCUUUCGCUUGUAGGAUCUGCGUGGUUCUGUCUGACAUCAGCAAACCAAAACUGGGGAUAGAUGAGACCGUGUACAAAACACUGGCCAAUGAAAUCGACGUUGUAUUCAUGAACGGCGCGAAGAUGAACUUUAACACUGAUUAUUGGGACCACAAAGUCGCGAAUGUUGAUGGGACGAAAGAGUUCAUUGCGUUCGCAAUGUUUUCAAAGAAAAAAUUCAUUUUCUCCACCUCCUCCCUCUCUGUUUUUCUUUUCCCAUCCUCGGAAAGGGUUGAGAAGCAUAAAGGCAAUCGAGUGGUGUUCAAAGAAAAUGAUGAACUUCAUGACCCGGUGUUGCUCUCCGGGGGAUACGGCCAGAGCAAAUGGGUGUCUGAAAAAUUAGUGUCACAGGCCUUAGACAAAGGACUUGGUGGUGCAAUCUUCAGACCUGCUCGUGUUUCUGGGGAUUCCAAAACCGGAGUUGGGCCGACUGGCGACUUGUUUGCCUCACUUCUCAUUGGAGUGGAACAACUGGGAGUUGCCCCUAACCUAGAUUUCCCGUUUGACCUCACCCCAGUUGACUAUUGCGCCAAGGCUAUGGUAGAGAUCAUGACCCAGAUCUGCGGUGACUCCGAAAAGCAAAUGCCUAGGGUGUACCAUUUGUUCAACCACGCCACCAUCUCAUUCCGUCAGCUCUUUGCAGAGUCAGAGUCGAUAUUAGAACUGCCGCUGGACGAGUGGAGAGAAGAAUUAACAAAAGCUUCCGAGGACAACCCCCUUCUUCCCAUGGCUCCAUUCUUCCAUUCAGACUUCUGGGACCGAGCGGCGCAGUGCUGGCCAGUGUUUGACACCUCCAACACCAACCGCUACGUGUCCAAGGCUUGUCACAGUCUCCUACAGCCAACAGAACAAUUGCUGAAGCUCUACUGGAAUUUCUUUCACAGUCAGUCCAGUGACACAACUGCCUCCCCCAGGAGAACCUGUAGGGCUACUGGUUUGAGAGGUCUGAAAGCCUCUAGUUAGGUUCGAAUAUCUUUUAUACAUGUACAACCGGCGUCUCUGUGUGUAGUGAUUUGGCUCUUCGACAUUGCACAAAGAAGACGUGAUUUCUAUUCUCUAAAAGGGAAGAAGAAGAAGAAAAAGAAGAAGAAGAAGAAGAAGAAGAAGAAGAAGAAGAAGAAGAAGAAGAAGAAGAAG